AAGUUCCCCUUCCGCUUCCUCCUGCCUCCUGCCCCAUUGCUGCUACUCCUCAGACGGGCUUCUCCCGCCUCUCCACACCCCUGGUGCCUGCAGACACGCUCCUGGCCCUGAGCUGUCACCGCUGCCACCCUCCAGGCUCCAGAAACCAUGCAGGCCAUCAAAUGUGUGGUGGUGGGAGAUGGAGCCGUGGGCAAGACCUGCCUUCUCAUCAGCUACACCACCAAUGCCUUCCCGGGAGAGUACAUCCCCACUGUAUUUGACAACUAUUCAGCCAACGUGAUGGUGGACAGCAAACCUGUGAACUUGGGGCUGUGGGACACUGCGGGGCAGGAGGACUAUGACCGCCUCCGGCCGCUCUCCUACCCCCAGACGGAUGUUUUCCUCAUCUGCUUCUCCCUCGUCAGCCCAGCCUCCUAUGAGAAUGUCCGUGCCAAGUGGUUCCCCGAGGUGCGGCAUCACUGCCCCAGCACCCCCAUCAUCCUGGUGGGCACCAAGCUGGACCUGCGGGAUGACAAGGACACCAUCGAGAAGCUGAAGGAGAAGAAGUUGGCACCCAUCACCUACCCACAGGGCCUGGCACUGGCCAAGGAAAUUGACUCAGUGAAAUACCUGGAGUGCUCAGCCCUCACCCAGAGGGGCCUGAAGACUGUCUUUGAUGAGGCGAUCCGGGCUGUCCUCUGCCCGCAGCCCACGCGGCCACAGAAGCGCCCCUGCAGCAUCCUUUAGGGUUACACUCCAGCCUCCCACCCAGAUGGUUCUGACCCUCCAGGGUUCCAUGCAAAGCCUGAUGGUGCCCCAGCUGGUCAUGCUGUCCCCUCCUUGUGGCAUUUCUUAGCAGAUGGCUGCAGAGCUUGGUUGAUGCUCUUCUCUGCAGGGGAGAGCCCCUGGGGCCGGGAGGGUAUGAAUUUGUAAGCACCACAUCCCAGUCUUCUCAUGUUCCUGCCUUCCCAGGGGCAGCUGGGAACCCCAGACCCCAGCAAGCCACCCCUGUGUUACUGCGGUCAGCACUGGGGGCUCACAUGGAGGCAUCUACUCAUUUACCCCAGCGCCACCUGAUGUCUGACUCCCUUCUGGAAACUUUAGGCCACGUGGUUGCCAGCCACUACUUGUAUGCUUUCCAAGACAGGGAUCUUACUCCCUCCUGAGACAGUCUCCUUCAAUAUUGAUGGUCUAGCUUAUCUGAAAGUUCUACUGAACAAAAAUCUGUGUCUCAGAACUUUUCUCCUCUGGCUUCAGUUCUCAUUUUUUUUAGGUCAACAUGAAAUAAAUUAAAUUCUCUAAAUCUUCGAGAUAUCUGCCCAGCCAACCGAGAGUCUGGGUUCAGCUGACCCCUGCCAUCUCUCAGGACUUUCUGAUCUGCUGGUGGGAUCCUGAGCUUCAUAUGCCUGUGGAAGUCUUAAAACUUUCAUGCCCUGCCAGUCAGGACUUUUGCUAUUGCAAACAGAAAACACAAUUCAACCUGCUUAAACAGAAAUUAAAUUUAUUGAUUCAA